UAAACACUGAAGCCAUGGCUGAUUUCACCCUUCUUGAUUCUGAGACCGAGAUCGAAGCCUCUCGAGGUACCAGUAGAACAAGAGGGAAUAUGUCAGAGGGAUCUUCAAUUGAAGGUCCCCAGAGGACGAGGUUGCUGCAACACCUUAAAGACCUACACGAGGAAAACAAGACACUCAUGAAGCUUGUUGCAGACAAAGAUAAGCGUAUUGAAUCGUACAUGAUAGAUUUCGAAGAGCUAAAUAGCUUGAAAAUCAUUGUCAAUAAACUAGAGAAACAAAAUUUCAAACUCACCCAAGCAAACACCCAGAUGUUGCUAGAGCUUCGGAGUUUGAGAAACCAUGCGCAUAAAGUACAACAUUCAAAUUUGAGACCCAUCCAAGAAACAAUCCAGGUGCAGGAAGUACAACAGCCAAAUUUGCAACCUGCCCAAGAAGUAAUCCAGGUGAACGAAAUACAACAGCCAAAUUUGCAACCUGCCCAAGCAAGAAUCCAUGUUCAGGAAUUUGAACCACCAAAUAUGCAAGCUGGCCAAGCAACAAUCCAGAUGCAGGAAGAAGAACCUGUUUUAGAAAAUAGCCAGAUUUUUCUGGAACUCAGAUCAAAUGUAGAUAUGUUAAGUUCUACUGAUGAAGCAGUCCGUGAAUGUAUACAUAUGAUCGAACAACUUCAAGCUUCAGGACCUCCUACAGAUGAAGCAAUCCAACAAGUCAAGGCAAAGCUUCAAGCUUUAGGUCCUAUUACUAUUGAUGCCGUCCGGCAGAUUAGAGCAGGGUUUCGUAAGCUUCAGAAAUUGCAGUGUCCAAGGUGUGAAUCUAAUAACACUAAAUUCAGUGUUUUGAAAGCCAAACGGAUAGCUGGCCCCAGAUAUCACUGCAAAAAUUGUAAAAUGGAAUGGACAUUAGGGGGCAAAAUAAAGAAACCUAUUGUACUUGGAGGCGUGAAUAGAAAAGAUCUUCUUCAGCAGCGCGUUCAACGUGUUCAGCGUAGAAGGAUGAAGAAUUGAAAAUGAUCUAUAUUUUUAACACUGUAAAGUUUUGAGCUCUAUAUAGUUCUUGUUCCCAUUAGCUGAUGAUAAUUCUUCAGCCUGGCUUCAAUCAGGUUGCAGUAGUCAGUUCGAUAGUACUCGAGUACUGUAGGUAUCUGAAACUUUUCUAUUUGGAACUUCAAUAAUAUGAGUUCUUCACUGUCUAC